UACACCAUAAGCAGAAGAGCCCAGAAACAAUCUCCUACUUGUUCUGAUUUAGUGAAAGAGUACAUCAUUUAUAGAACAAGGUGUGAAGAUACUAUCUAUCACUCUGCUUGUUGCCUUGUAAGCUAUUUGGUAUAUGUGUCUCAUAUGGCUUCCACAAAAGAUACUCAGAUUCUUCCGCAAAAAAUCCUCAGAUUGUUUUUUGUGAGUGCUUCUGAGCUAUUCUGUUUCGAUAUUGCAAAGGAGCUAUCUAUUGUUCUACAAUGUUGCUUUGUAAGCUAUUUGGAGCUAUCUAUUGUUCCACAAUGUUGCCUUGUAAGCUAUUUGGUAUAUGUGGCUUAUACGGCUUCUGCAAAAAACCCUCAGGUUGUUUUUGUGAGUGCUCUUGAGCUAUUCUGUUUUGAUAUUGUAAAGGAGCUAUUCAUUGUUUCACAAUAUUGUCUUGUAAGCUAUUUGGAUCUCACAAGUCAGGACGUUGCUGAUGAAGAUAGAAAACCAAUUUCUUAUACAGAAAGUCCAAUUUCGAAAUUAUUAAAUCGCAAUCUUAUGUAUCAAAAUAUUGCUAAAGAGACUAAAGAAAAACCUUCAAAUCAUAGAGUAUUAUGUGAGAGAAAACAAAUUUCUUAUACAAAAAGUCCAACUUCAAAAUUAUUGAAUCACAAUCUCACGUAUCAAGACAUGACUAAAGAGAAU